CGAAAAACAUGUGCAACCUCGCAGCGGCAGCUUCCGCGGACAGAAAUCCACUAUUAUUUGCCCAACCCGGUCUCGCGUCUCGACUCGGAGCGCGGCAGGAAAAGCGAUUGAGCUGCCGCGGCAACAUGCAGCCAUAACAAACCUCGACCUAUUUAUUUUACCAUAUCACCAUAGUCCAUCGGCACAGGUCUGCCGGGAGACACAAGACAGACUAACCCACACCACCCAUCCAACCCCGUUGAAUCCACCUCUCUUGGAAGCAGCUGCAGCUGGCCUCACGUUAACGACGACCUGGCGAAACUGCGUCUCGUGCUGUAACACGUCCAACCCGGACUGUUUGUUGUCAUCACCUGCCCACACUCGACCGACCGACCUACUGCUCCCGCGCCCUUUCCUUUCCAUCGUUGAUCGAUGCUGAUUAUCGAAGACGACCUCACCUCUAGAAAGCGGUCUUGGCACUCGACUCGACUCUCGGGGCCGUACCAGCUUCUGCGCCCUAACGUCGUCGUCAUGAAGUUUGCCGAGCAGCUGCGCGCCAGCAUCCUCCCGGACUACCAAUGGUACUACAUCGACUACCCAGGCCUCAAGGCCGAGCUGAAGCAGCCCACGGGGCCCUUCCGCUCCCGCCCCGAUGACGCGACCGAGGGCGCCGGCGGCCGCGAAUGGUCCGAGGAGGACGAGGGCCGCUUCGUCCGCCUGCUCGAGGCCGAGCUCGACAAGGUGCACACCAAGCAGCAGGUCAAGGCCAUCGAGAUCUCGAGACGCAUCGCCGUCAGUGAGAAGGAGGUCAAUGAUCUGGUCAACCGUCAGAAUGAACGCGGCACCGGCCCCGGGCCGUCGGCUGAGGAGUUUGAGCUGCUCGAGGCGGAUCUGAGCGAUAUAAUUGCCGAUGUGCACGACCUCGCCAAGUUCGUCCAGGUCAACUAUACUGGGUUCUAUAAGAUUAUCAAGAAGCACGACAAGACGACCAACUGGCACCUCAAGCCCGUCUUCGACAGCCGCCUCAAGGCCAAGCCCUUCUACAAGGAGAACUACGACGCCCAGGUGGUCAAGCUCUCCAAGCUCUACGACCUCACUCGCACUCGCGGUAACCCCGUCAAGGGCGACAGCGCCGCAGGCGGGAGCCAGGCCAACUUUGUGCGCCAGACGACAAAGUACUGGGUCCACCCGGACAACGUGACGGAGCUCAAGCUCAUCAUCCUCAAGCACCUGCCCGUCCUCGUCUUCAACGCGAGCAAGGAGUUCGAGGUGGAGGAUUCGGCCAUCACGUCCAUCUACUACGACAACCCGGACAAGUGGGAUCUGUAUGAGGGCCGUCUCAAGAAGACGGAGGGCGCCGAGGCGAUCCGGCUGCGGUGGUACGGUGGCAUGCAGAACGAGACGAUUUUCGUCGAGCGCAAGACGCACCGCGAGGACUGGACGGGCGAGAAGUCGGUCAAGGCGCGCUUCUCCAUUAAAGAGAAGAACGUGAACGCGUACAUGAAGGGAGAGCUCCUGCCGACGGCCAUCUUUGAGAAGGCGAGACGCGAGGGCAAAAAGUCGCUCAAGGCCAUCGCCGAGGACGAGAGGCUGGCGGCCGAGGUCCAGUACUCGGUGUUGAAGAAGGGCUACAAGCCCGUCUGCCGCUCCUUUUACAACCGAACGGCCUUCCAGCUGCCGGCCGACGCGCGCGUGCGCAUAUCUCUGGACACGGAGCUGUGCAUGGUGCGCGAGGACAACCUGGACGGAAAGCAGCGCACCGGCGACAACUGGCGCCGCACCGACAUUGGCAUCGACUACCCCUUCUCGCAGCUGCCGCCCAAGGACAUUGAGCGGUUCCCCUACGCCGUCCUCGAGGUCAAGCUGCAGACGCAGAUGGGCCAGGAGCCGCCCGAGUGGGUCCGCCAGCUGAUCUCGAGCCACCUGGUCGAGUCGGUGCCCAAGUUCUCCAAGUUCAUCCACGGCACCGCCUGCCUAUUCCCCAGCCGCAUCAACCUCCUCCCCUUCUGGCUGCCCCAGAUGGACGUGGACAUCAGGAAGCCGCGCACGCACAACUUUGGCAUCAGGAGGCCCGGGCCCCAGUCCAUCGGGACGGGCACGUCGGAGGACGAGGAGGACGACCUGGACUCGGACGAGGAAGAGGAGGCUGAGAAUGGCGGCGCCGCCCGUGCCAAGGGGUCCGGCAACCAGAACGGCGAGUCCUCGACCCAGGCUGCGGCCAACGGUCGCCGGGCUGGCCUCGAUGCCGAGGAUCAGACAACGGAGCAGCCUGAGGUGGAUGAGGACUACCCUGUGUACGACUCGGAUCUCGAGGACGACGACACGAGGCUGGACGAGGCCCGGCGCGUCGGCGGCUGGGACUAUUACUCCACCCUUCUCUCCGUCUACGGUGCGGCAGCCGGGCGGGGGGCGCUGACGGUGCUGAAGUACGUGGUGCCGCGGCCGCGGGGAACGCAGGUCCCGCGGAGCGAAAGGAACCAGAUGCUGUUUGGGAGUGGGGAGACGCACAUGAAGCGGUUCAAGGCACCCAAGGGCAAGAAGAUCCACGUGCCGGUCCGCGUGGAGCCCAAGGUGUUUUUUGCCGCCGAGCGUACCUUUUUAGGAUGGCUCGAGUACUCGAUUUACGUUGGUACUAUUGCUACGACGCUGCUCAACUUCGGCGACAAGCCGAACGGGGCGGCGUUCGUGGCGGCGGGUGCAUUCACGCUGCUGGCGGUCCUGUGUCUGCUCUACUCGGUGGUCAUAUACCUCCACCGCAGCCGGGCAAUCCGGACGCGCAGGGCGUCAGCCAAGUACUACGACAAGUGGGGGCCGUCGGCACUCUGCAUCUCGCUAUUUGUGGCUGUGGUUCUCAACCUUGGUUUUGAGGGACGGCAGAGGAAGUAUUGGUAGUAGAGAGAGUAGCGUGAAGAAAAGGGGGCAGCGUGAUGUGUACGACAAGAUUGGGACGGUGUUGGAUAGUGUUGGUGCAGGCGCGCCUUUGUUCGCUGCGGCAUGUGCAUUGCUUUUUUUUUUUUUUGGAUAUGGCUAGCCCAAAACAAGCUUUCUUUUGUUUGUCCAUGGCGCAUAUUGCUUUGACAGUUGCCUGCUGUUUUCAUGCGGCUGG